AUAUAGACCUCACUUCCAGUUUCCACGCAGCACUCCAGUGCAUCUAAAACCUCAGACAUGGAUGACCCUCCACAAAAUGGCUCCAUGCAUACACUAACAUCCACCGCAGCCCGACGACGGUGACAUCGAAGGGAGUUAUUUUUGGGGGGCUUUACAAUUUCCAUUGGAUACUACUAACAACCUUUUCUGGAAUUUGGAAAACGGCUUGUUUGCGAUUCGCAUUAAACGAUGAUGGAAAAACUGAAAUCCGAGAAAUUUCCGCUCAGCCCGAGCAGCACGGACGACUGUGCUUCUCCCCCACGCCAUCCCAACACGACUUCCUCAGGUUUGGCACCCGUGGAGGAGGGAGAGACAUGCGGGAAACAGGAAGGCACGACGCCGGAGAAAGGAGAGCAUCGCCUCCCCGAGGAGCGAUGCAACGGGACUCUCAUCCUUAAUGGCGUUGCCAAGGAAACGGCGUACCACGCCACCGAGCUAAAAAAGGAAGUGCCGGUGAUCGAGCUGUCCAGGAGAGGAGGGACUGCGGAUAUAAAAGGCAGGGAGCUCAAAGCAGACGACAGCCAUAAGGUGCAAACCACAGAGCUGUGUAGACCACCGAUCCCACUGCCGCUGCCACCCAGAGACCCGCUGAGUGAAACUCGAAUGGUGCAGUUGAGUCCACCCGCUUUCCCUCUCCCGGCCCGAGCGAUGCUCUACAGUAACAUGGCGCAACCGCUCACCACUAUUAACAGUGGUUAUGUCGGAGAAUCGGAUCAGUAUGGGAUGUAUCCCAGCAGUCGGGUGAAACGCAGACCUGCGCCUUAUGAAGUUGAAAUUAGCGAUGGUUCGCAGCCGAAAAUCGUGCGACGGAUCUUCACGAACAGCCGCGAGCGCUGGCGGCAGCAGAACGUGAACGGCGCCUUCGCCGAGCUCCGCAAGCUCAUUCCCACCCAUCCACCAGACAAGAAGCUGAGCAAGAACGAGAUCCUACGCCUGGCCAUGAAGUACAUCAACUUCCUCGCCAAGCUUCUCGACGACCAGGACGAUAUGGUCGGGGGCGAAGGCGCCCGAGAUGCGACACUGGUGCGGAGCAACCUCCUGCAGGAGAUGCUGAGCCCAAACUCCAGCUGCGGAAGCUUGCUGGACGGGGACGCCAGCCCGGAGAGCUUUACGGAGGACCAGGACUCAUCUGUGGACUCCAGACCAUCAGCAAGGGGACUGCAUCAUUCCGGCCACACCCUGGACGGAAACGCCCAGCGAUGACUGGUCGUGCUCUUAUGUGUGGACCUAAAAUACAGUAUGUUUAUGUUGUGUGCAAGCAUAUUCUCACGUAUGAAGCUGUUUUCUUUGCGCUUUGAUACUGAGGUGCCCUCCGUGGUGAAACACUGGUACAGAGGGGUAAAUACUCGGUCAGGAAAUACUGGAUCACCACCUGUAAACAAAAAGGCGACAGAAGAUUAAAAGGAUUUUCUGAAUGGUACCUUUUUCUUGCGUUCCAACCCACAUCUCAUCAGGUACACUGUUGGUUAUCGGAAACAGUUGGGAAGGAUGUUCGACAUACCAGUUUCAAAUGGAAAGUGGGCGUAAAAGCUUUGUUAAAGUAAAUUAUAUUAUGCAGUAGCUUAAAACAGUGUUACAGAGACAUUACAGAAAGGCACUGGCACCAUUACGACGGCUUUGUUUUGGAUAAAACUGUGUACAUAAGGAAAUCAGAAGGGGUGUAUUUGUUAACAUUAGUUGACAUGAACUAUUGCAUUGGCAUUAACAUAACAUUGUAAAAAGUAAAAGAUGGAUCUACUUAAAAAAUUAUUGGUAACACUCAAAAAAAAAAAAUACAAUUAAUUAUAAACUUACCAAUUGACGUUAAUCCAACUUUAACAUUUUACAAUGUAACAUUUACAAAUGUUAACAAAUACAACGUAUAUAUAGUAUAAAGGCAAUAGCAACAAAAUGAAUGCUAUUUGGGAAUAAAGUAUUGCCAUUUUGUAAAUGGUUUGGAAAUAAACAACGCAAAGACAGCGAAAGUUUUGCGAAGCUACAUGCGAAUAAAGAAUCAUUGUGGUGGAAGAGGUACAAGAGCGUGUACAUAAACCGGGAUGAUGGUCUUUCAUUGACCCGUUCUUUUGCAUUGUGAUUAUGGUACAUCAUUCAUCAGUAUCCAUUUACUCUCAUGUAUUUGUUUGGCUCAACCCCCGCUCAUAUUCAAUGAGUAAACGUUCUGUCACUUUAUUUGACUUGUAUGAACUUGAUCUGCUUUGUUUAGCAGAGAACUGAGUAACCAGUCUUGGUACCUUUAAGUCUUUUAUUGGCUAUUAAACGAACAAACAAACAAAACAGAAAUGGUUAUUUUGAUGUGAUAUUUAGUAGAAAGACCUUUGUUGUAAGGUGAAAAUCUAUCUAUGAAUAUAUGCAAUGUUAUAUCCCACAAACAUUUUAUAUGAGGAAAAACCCACAAAAAUAAAAAACACAAACCUGAAACAUGCAUUGUGGAUCUUUAUUA